AUGAUUAAAGGUGGAGAUCUACUAUCAAAUCCGGCUGAUUCACUUUCUUAUUUAGGUAUCUCAUUUUUAACUUUUGAAGCUGUUUUAGAAGUUAUUAUUAUUUGCUUUGCUGGCUUUUUAGCAUCGAAGUAUGGUUUAUUAAAUAUACAAGGUCAAAAGUUACUAUCUUCAUUGAAUGUUGAUUUAUUUACACCAUGUUUAAUAUUUUCAAAAUUGGCAUUGAAUUUAUCAUUUAAAAAAAUCAUUGAUAUUAUCAUAAUCCCCAUUUUUUUCAUUUUAUCAACAAUCAUUUCAUAUUCAUGUUCUAGAUUUACAGGUUAUGUAUUGAAUUUAAAUGAUCCAGAAACUGAUUUUGUUACUGCCAUGGCUGUGUUUGGUAAUUCAAAUAGUUUACCAGUUAGUUUAACACUAAGUUUGGCUUAUACUUUACCUGAUCUAUUAUGGGAUGAUAUAGAAGAUGAUUCUCUGGAAAAAGUUGCUGGAAGGGGUAUAUUGUAUUUAUUAAUUUUUCAACAAUUAGGUCAAGUUUUAAGAUGGUCAUGGGGUUUUAAUAAAUUAUUAAGAAAAAGAAGUCAUCUUGAAUUAAACACUUAUUAUACAAAGAAUGGUAUUAUUGUUCAUGAGGAGAAUUCAAGGUUAUUAGAUACCGAGCAGCAAAAUCAACAACAACAACAUUUACAAAUUAACUAUGUUGAACCUGAAGUUGAUCAAAAUGUAACAUUUCAAGAAAUCCAAUCUAGCUCAUGUGAUUCUUCCUCAACUUCUGACGUAGAAGCGUUAGAAUUAAAAUCAACUCCAUGGUAUAAUCAAGUGCCAAUUUUAUCUCAGUUUAUUUCCUUUAUGAAUCCGCCACUUUGGGCAAUGUUAUUUAGUGUAACGGUAGCAUCAGUACCUUUUUUACAAAAUUUAUUUUUUGAUACGAGUGGAAACGGAUCAUUCAUACAUAAUACUUUAACUACUGCUAUUAAUAAUUUAGGUUCAGUUUCAAUUCCCCUUAUAUUAGUAGUUUUAGGCUCAAAUUUGUAUCCAUCGAAAGAUAUUCCACCAGCAUCGAAGCAUUAUUCAAGAAUUUUAGUGGGUUCUUUAUUGUCAAGAAUGAUUUUACCUUCAAUAAUUUUGUUGCCGUUAAUUGCACUUUGUGUGAAAUAUAUUAAUAUCUCGAUUUUGGAUGAUCCAAUUUUUUUAAUAGUUAGUUUCAUCUUAACUAUUUCACCACCAGCAAUACAAUUAUCACAGAUAAGUCAGUUAAAUCAAAUUUAUCAAAAAGAAAUGAAUGGUGUUUUGUUUUGGGGUUACGUUAUUUUGACUUUACCAACAACAAUUUUUAUUGUUGUUUGCUCUUUAGAAGUUUUAGAGUGGGCACAAUAA